AUGGCUGAUGAACAGAAAAUAAAAAUUUAUAAACGUGAACAAACCCUGCUUGAAAAAGUUUUGGGGACUUAUGAAAAUGGUAAAACCAAACUGGUUUUAAUGAAAAAAUGGUCUAAAAAAUGUGCUUUGGCCGUCGGUCAUUUGUCGCAAGAUGGUGUCAAGUAUAUUUAUGACACCGGUAUUGAAUUAUCCUAUGAUGAAAUGGAACAGCUGGCCGAUCAUUUACCGAUGAUGACAAAAUCGGAUAAGGAUAAAAAUUAUGCUGAAUUGGGUACUAGUCAAGAUUCCUAUGGGAACGAAUAUCGCACAAUCAUCACGCGUAGUGAAUAUGCAGGUUUAAAAAUCUGUAAAUUAAAGAAAACACAGAAACCUGUUGAUUUUGGCACCACCACUACUACUGUUGAUAGUCCUGAUCCUGCACCCGCCAGUCUAACGACAUCACCACCUGUGGAAAGUGUCUGGCAAGAGUGUUUUGAUAAAUUCUAUAUCAAUAAGAAUGAUGAUUGGAAGAAACUUGCCGACAUUAUUUGUGAUUUCUGUUAUGAGGCCUAUGGUAUCCUUAACCCCUCCAGUGGUCUUGAUGUAGUACCCCCAACACCUCCAACCGUUGAACAAAAGCAAGUGGAUGGUCCAAAAAAACGAAAGAGAGAUCCAACUACUAAAGGCGGGGUGAAGAAAACCAAAAAAGUGGUUGUUGAAGAGGAUUCUGAUAAGUCUGAGGUAAGAAAAUUCACAUCGAAAAUUGUGGCUACUAUAAAUACCGUAAGUUUUAAUCAUAGUUUUCCUUUUUCUAGAUGAAACGAGUAAUUGCAGCGAUUGUUUCUCAUAUGCCGGGAAAAAAUACAGCUGUAGAUACUGUUUUAAAACAUCAUGAAAAAAUAAAACAAACUUAUGAUUAUGAUGAUUAUCUUAACUUUGCACGGGCAAAUGAACCAUUAAUUAAUUACUAUUGGCAUUGUGUACAAAUACGUUUUAAAAAUGAAUAA